CCAGUUCGUUCACGUCGCUCAUUUUAUCAUUCAUUCGAUAGCUUGUCUGUCCGUCUUCGUCUUCGAUUUUCACUUACUAAAGUCAGGGUAGGGGGUUACUUUGUAUUUUGUUAUUAAUAUACGGAAACGGGGAUUUAUUAAAAGAAAACAACCUGCAAUAUCUACAGUGUGUUGUUAAAUAGUGCAAAGGAUAUGCCUCCAGUAAAGGAUGAUUCAAUAGCAGAAACAAAUUGUUUGGAAAUAAUAAACAUUGUCGAGAAGAGUCCCGCUAAGAGUACUCUUGUAGAUGUAAGAGCUUGUAACAAGCCUGCAGCUAAGGUAUGGUUCCGUGGCGUGAGGAGUUCCAAAUUCCGCCAUGUUUACGGCGUACCGUUCAAACGAGAGCGUUGCUAUGACAACAUCAAGAUCACUAGGAAUGCGCAUGAUUCUAAUUUCUGCGCUGUCAACCCUAAGUUCGUUGCCAUAGUAACAGAAGUCGCCGGUGGGGGUGCCUUCUUAGUUCUACCAUUGGAUAAUACUGGCCGAUUGGAUUUCAACGCGAGCCGUGUGACUGGUCACAAAGGCCCCGUUCUCGACAUCAAAUGGAACCCUUUCAAUGAUAACAUCAUCGCUUCGUGUUCCGAUGAUUGCACGGUGAAACUCUGGCACAUUCCGGAUGGCGGGCUGUCCAUGCACCUGACGGAGUGGCUGGUGGAGCUGCACGGCCACAAGCGCCGCGUCGCCUACAUCGAGUGGCAUCCCGCCGCAGAGAACAUACUGCUCAGCGCUGGAUUUGAUUACUUGAUCUUCGUAUGGGACGUGGGCAAAGGCGAGGCUGUGAAGGUGAUCGACUGUCACACGGACGUCAUCUACUGCAUGUCGUUCAACCGGGACGGGUCGCUGCUGGCCACCACCAGCAAGGAUAAGAAACUGCGGGUUAUCGAGCCAAGGAGGGGUAUUGUUUUAUCUGAAGGCCCUUGCCACCUCGGUACCAAAGCCUCGAAGUGUACAUUCCUGGGCUCUGCGGGCAAAGUGUUGACGACGGGCUUCUCCCGCUACAGCGACCGGCAGUACGCCGUGUGGGACCAACACGACCUGGACAAGCCGCUCGUCUGCGAGACUAUCGACAGCUCCUCCGGCGUCGUCUUCCCUUACUACGACUAUGAUACUAACAUGGUGUACCUUGCUGGCAAGGGCGACGGGAACAUUCGUUACUACGAGGUGGUCGACGAGCCGCCCUACGUGCACUUUCUCAACCAGUUCCUUUCAGGAAACCCUCAGCGCGGCCUGGGCUUCAUGCCCAAGCGCGGCGUGAGUACGGGCGCGUGCGAGGUGUUCCGCUUCUACAAGCUGCACACGUCGCGCGGCCUCUGCGAACCCAUCUCCAUGAUCGUGCCGCGCAAGUCCGACUGCUUCCAGGAGGACCUGUACCCGGACACGGCGGCGCCGCUGGCCGCGCUGUCCGCUAAGGACUGGCUCAGCGGGAUGAACGCGCCGCCGCUGCUUAUUAGUAUGAAAACAGGCGUGACGAUAUCGACCCACAAGCCGCGCGGCAGCAACAAGGACGCGCCGGCGCUACAGGCGCAGGACGCCAACAACCGCAAGAAGUUCGCCUUCCUGUCGCGCGAGACCACGCCCGACUACCGCCCGCUAGCCACCUGGGCCAGCGAACAGGUCAACAACCACAACGAAACAGAACAGGUCCAAGUAAACGAGAAGUCCCAGAAGACGAGCGCGAACCAGAACACGAAGUUCCACCAGCUGCAGAAGAUGUUCGGCAAGCAGACGGGAGACGCCGAGCCCGUACCGCUCUACAAGCAGAUCAACCAGGGAGACGUGUUCAGUACUGAACAUGAGUUACGUCUCGCAUUCAACCGCCAAGGCGAGGAGUUGAGGAUCGUGAAGCGACAGCUGCAGAACAGUCAGCAGCGGGUUCGUGAGCUGGAACAACUCGUGGCCGCCCUACAGGCGCGCCUGCAACGCGACGCUUCAUAAAACCGUUACGAGCUCACGUUCCCAACUCAAACGUCGCAUCCACAAGAUGGCCGACCGACCAUAUUCUCUAUUUAAAUGCUUGUAAAACGGCGAUCAAGCUUUAAGCACUUGAUCUGUUCUCAGCCUUUAAUAUUUAAUUGUAUUUUAGGGUUUAGUUGUCAUUCCCUAGUCUAAAAUCACUUCUUAACGUGACAAAUGUUGCAAAUAAUGUUGGACUUAAGAUAUACAUAGGAUAGGAAGCGUUGACUCGCAAGUGAUGGCAGGCUUGUUCAAGCCCUGCGUAAGGUAAGCUAUGUAUAAAGAGGAACUAGGAUUUUUCUUUUUUAUUACGUGGUAUUGGAUACCAAGCCUGUAGUGCCGUUACUCUUAAGAUUAUACAAUCUUCAAGUAUAGCUUUUAUAAGGACUUAUAGCUAUACUCAUUAUAGCAGUUUUUAUUAUUUUAAAUUGCUUUCCCAAUAUCAUAUUGGAUUUGUUUUAAUGUAUUUUAAUUAUCAAAUGUAUUGGUUUUAUAUAUGGGAUCAAAAUUAAUCAUUCCAAAACGUAUUAUUAGGCUUUUGGCAGCUGCUUGACGUCUUGUCCGUGUGUUUGCGAGGCCUAAUUAAUAUUAAAAUUGCAAUCAAUGCUUUCUUUUUAGAAAGAAAAUGUGAUAAAACCAUGACAUUCUAUAUAAAUGUUCAUGUCACAAAUUGUUUAAUGUUUUUUAUUCUUAAUAUUACUCUUUGUAUGUUGUGAUUUAUUAUACUGACUUUACAAUUAUUGUUUAUGCGAUCAAAACCAGGGUUAUGAUUUUUUUAUAAUUAAUUUUGACAUGUUAUGUGAUUUUAUGUUCUACUGGCUUAAUGAUCAAACUACUAUCAUAAUACAAGUUAUCAUUUUUGUAAGAUUUGAAGUAUUUGUGUUACUAAGGCUGAUCUCGUGAAAAGCACUUAUUAUAAAGCACAUAAUAAUAUUGUUCCCAGUUUUACUAUUAAGUUGACAUCUUGUUUGUUGGUGAUUAUUUUAAUAGUCUGAUUUAUGUAGUAGUGUUACCUGUUAUUUUGUAAUUGUGUUUGUAUUUUCUUUGUAAACGAUUUUAUGACGUUGAAGCAUUUAAUGUCAUUAUGAAAAUGUAUUUUUCUGUAUUGUGAAUUGAAAUGUACAAAAAAAGUUACCUGGACUUUUUAUGUACUUGAGACAUUUUUAGAUUUCUAAGCUAGCAUAGCAUAGGUGCUAGUUCUUAAAAGACUAUUGAACCGUUUUUUGCACAACAUAAUACUAAAAUACAUACAAUUUAGUUAGUACUAAACAUCUUAGUUUCUGUGACCACCCCUACCGCCAUCUAUGAGGAAACGUGGCACUAAUGAGGCUCUAGAUAUAAUAUUUGCCCGUCUGGGUUACAAAUACAGUGAAUAAUAGGAUCGUACCCAUCAAAUGAUGUAUUUUCAUAGCUUGCCUAUAAUCGUGAUCGUUCUUCAUAAUUUUAUGGCUUUAAUAUAUGUACUUGUAUUUUUAAUCAAAAUGAAUUGAUAAAGCCUAACGUUAUUGAAAAUGAGUAUCGGAAAUGACGUUACAUUCCAUUUUCAGUAUAAACGCAUAAUGUUAGUGUAAGUGAAAAUGAAAGUAUUAUUGUGCAUUAGCUGAUUUAAUUACUUGGCUAAGUCGGUGUUAAUAUUUAUUAUUAUGUAUUUUUAUAUCAUGCUUGUGUAGCACAAAUUUUCAAUAAAUGUUUGGAUAGUA